UUAUAAAAGCUUAGAUCAGGAUUUUGAAGUAGUCAAAGACUCAAAGCUCCACAAAGAUGAAAUUGCUCCUUUUAGUUGUGUUUGUGGCUCUGUCCUACGCUAGCGCAUGUCCCGAGGAAUGCGAAAGGAAGUUGAGGGACCUAAAAAGUCAAAUUGAGGAAUUAAAGACUAAAACACGAGAGCUCAGACGAGAGUUCGACAGUAUUAGUGUAUCCGAGGAUGAGGAAGAAGUUGACACCAAGGGAAACAAGCGUGUGAAGAGACAUAACUACCUAGUAGGAGCACCAGGGCCUAGCGGACGACAAGGUUCCAAGGGAAGAGCUGGUUCCCCAGGAGUAUCUGGACCACGUGGUGCACAAGGAUAUCCAGGUCACAAGGGACUGACUGGACAACCAGGUAUGCAAGGUCCACGAGGACCAGGUGGAGAACAGGGACCACAGGGAUUACUUGGUGAACUUGGACAGCCUGGAGCACCUGGUAUUCCAGGAGCAAUGGGACCACUGGGCGUCACAGGAGAUCAAGGUGGACAGGGAUAUACCGGCUAUCCAGGACCACAGGGUCCAACAGGAAAUACAGGCGACAAAGGUGAUGUUGGAGGCAUUGGAGCACCUGGUGCACCUGGGCCACAAGGACCUGUAGGACACACCGGUUAUACUGGAUAUCCUGGAGUUCAAGGAGACACUGGUGAAUCUGGUGUGAGAGGUGCACCUGGUGCACAAGGAGCACAAGGUUUACAUGGUAUAACUGGAGCUCCAGGGCCAAUGGGACCAGCUGGGUACCCUGGACCAAAAGGUGAUAACGGAGGUACCGGUGCACCAGGACCACGAGGACCAAGUGUAGCAUAUGCCGCAUAUGCUGCUCCAUACUAUCAGGCACCUGUGGUUGGUUCUUAUAAAACCGCUCCAGCUCCAUACAAAGGAUAAAUCAAAACUGUAAAUUCACAAAAAGAUCUCCACAGAUUCUUAUAAUUUCUUUUAACUUGAAAUCAUUUGGCUGUUGAAUUAAAAAUUGUCUUUCCAAUAA